AUGGUUACUACUGCAGCUAAGUUUACACCUUCUGAUUUGAUUCAAUUACCAAGACCUUCUGCGUCAGUUAUUUCACCUAAUGGUACGUUGGCUGUUUAUGCUCAAUCAGUCUAUGAUAUUUCAGAAGCAAAGUCUACUCGUCAUCUUUAUCUCUUGAAUGUCGAGGAUAAUACGAUUGAAGAAUUGACCAAACCUUCUUUUGACACUUCAGAUAGUGAACCCUUCUUUUUAGAUGAUAGUCAUAUCGCUUAUUUUCAUCAUAACGAUGAAGAAGUGGAUCAACUCUACGUUUUAAAUUUGGAUAAUAGACAAGAACCCUCUUAUCGUCUUACUAAUUUUCCUAUCUCCUUUGGGAAUGUGAAAUAUAAUGUGAAGCAUCAGCUUUUGGCGUUUUCUGCUUCUGUUUAUAAUGACGAAGGUACUCUAGAGGGUACUUUUGAAAAGGAUAAACAGUUGAAAGAAACCAAAAAGGAUACAGCUUUAGUCUUUGAUGAGCUUAUGGUUAGACAUUGGGAUGAUUACGUAAAAGAAAAGAAAAAUAAUAUUUUUGUUGUUCACCUUGAGGUCAUUGAGGAUAAAUACCAACUUAAGGAUAAACCUGUCAAUUUGUUAAGAAAGACUGGAUUAGAAUCUCCUGGUUUCCCCUUGGGAGAUGCUAGUGAUUUUGAUAUAUCACCAGAUGCUUCUCAAUUGGCCUUUGUUGCUAAAAUCAAUACCAAAGAUAAUGCUUGGCAAACAUCGGCCCACAUUUAUACUGUCUCUACGUCCGGAUUAGAUGAACCUGUCGCUAUCAAUAAAGAUAUUCCUGCUGCGUCAUCCAAUCCUCAUUAUACAUCAUCGAAUCUUUUGGUUUAUUUCCAAAUGUUGACUCCCCAAUAUGAAGCUGAUCGUAAUCGUAUUGUGAUCUAUGAUCCUGAAACUAAAAGUCGAAAAGUCAUCGCUAAAGACUGGGACAGUAGUCCCCAUGAGGUCACUUCCUCUCUUGAUUCCAAGACCUUGUAUCUCACGGCUGAACAAGAGGGACGAAACAAGAUCUUUGCUAUUGAUAUAGAGACAGAAUCGAUUGAGACCUUAACAAACGACAAAUAUGCAACUAAGCUUCAGGUUUUACCUUCAGGAAAUAUCUUUUACAGUCUUAGUUCUGUGAAGCAUCCUGUAUUACCUCAUCUAUUGGAUAUUUCAACAAAGGAAGUCAAGAGGUUCAAUGCUGAACCUAAUCUCCUUGAAAAGCUUAAAUCCAUUGAUUUUUCUGAGCCUGAAGAAUUUAGAUUUACUGGAGCCUUGAACGAACAAGUUCAUGGCUGGCAUCUUAAACCUGCUCAAUUUGAAGAAGGUAAAAAGUAUCCUGUUGCCUUUUUGAUUCAUGGUGGACCUCAAGGUGCUUGGAAUGAUAAUUGGUCAACACGUUGGAAUCCUCAAGUAUUUGCAGGAGCAGGCUAUGGUGUAAUUGCUAUCAAUUUCCAUGGUUCAACUGGUUAUGGUCAAGCAUUCACUGACUCUAUUGGCAAUCAUUGGGGAUCUUAUCCAUACUAUGAUCUUGAGACAGGUCUUGAUUAUGUGUUGAAAAAGUAUUCUUAUCUUGAUGCUGAACGUGUUGCUGGUUUAGGUGCUUCUUAUGGUGGAUACAUGAUUAAUUGGCUUAAUGGACAUAGUGAUAAAUUUAAAGCAUUUGUAAAUCAUGAUGGUGUUUUCUCUACAACUCAAGUUUAUUUUACAACAGAUGAGAUUUAUUUCCCUGAAAAAGAAUAUGCUGGAAAUCCUAUUGAUCCCAAAGGAAGAAACAAUUAUGAAAAGUAUUCUCCUGCCAAUUUUGUUCAACAUUGGAAGACACCUACGUUAGUCAUUCACGGAGGACGUGAUUUCAGAUUAACUUUUGGUGAAUCAUUAUCCACUUUUACUGCACUUCAAAGACAAGGUAUUCCCUCCCGACUUGUCUAUUUCCCAGAUGAAAAUCAUUGGGUUUUGAAGCCUGCCAAUUCUCUAAGAUGGCAUAAAGAAGUUCUUGAAUGGAUCAAUACAUAUACAACAGUUAAAAAUGAGUCUCAAGUAAUGACUCCUACCUUUCACUUGCAAGAAUAA